CUACUGCGCAGGCGCACCGAGUGAACAAAGAUGGCGGCUCCCGUGGAUCUGGAGUUAAAGAAGGCCUUCACAGAGCUUCAAGCCAAAGUAAUUGACACUCAACAGAAGGUGAAGCUUGCAGACAUACAGAUUGAACAGCUAAACAGAACGAAAAAGCAUGCACAUCUUACAGAUACAGAGAUUAUGACUUUGGUAGAUGAGACUAACAUGUAUGAAGGUGUAGGAAGAAUGUUUAUUCUUCAGUCCAAGGAGGUAAUUCACAGUCAACUGUUAGAGAAACAGAAAAUAGCAGAGGAAAAAAUUAAAGAAUUAGAGCAGAAGAAGUCCUACCUGGAGCGGAGUGUGAAGGAAGCGGAGGACAACAUCCGGGAGAUGCUGAUGGCACGAAGGGCACAGUAGGAAAUCUCUAGCAGAAGCUUCCUGCCCCCUCCCAUUCCUGUCAAGGGCAGAGGGGCUCAUGUGGGGAAACAGCCUCUCUUCUACCCUGAUGGACUUUUUAUUUGGAUGAUCUGGUAACCCUGUAUUUUCUACUUCACCCUGAUCCCCUUUCAGAUCCCAACUCUGUAUUUUUUAUCCUGGCUCUGUCUGCCACCCCUACCCAGAACACUCUUCUCCCUUAGGGGUGAAUCACCAACUCCCAGGAGAGGGAAGAUGGGAGCCAGGACAGACGGGGGAGCUCUACCCAAGCCUAUUACUCAUUACGCUGCUUAGACCAAUAAAAGGCAUCUGUUCCCCCAGC